AUGAAUUGUGUCAAGGGUGAAAUCCAUAAUGUGCUGUCUAUGAUGCGUGUAAACGCUCGUUGGGCUAGUGCUGAUCGUUUUACACAGGAGAUUCCUGCUUCUACACAAUCGCCCAUGAUGCGUGCAUUUAAACAAUUACAUUACGAAUUACAGUCCGUUACAGACCUGAGUGACGUUGAUACUGUCACUUAUCUAUUACCUUUUAUUAUGGUUAUCGAGUCAGAACGUACAAGUGGUUUUAUUACGGGCGCGGCCAUUUCAGCUAUCAACAAGUUUCUAUUAUAUGGACUCAUUACAUGUGAAUCUCUUCGAGCUGAUGUAGCCAUCAAUCGUAUUGCAGUCUGUGUGUAUCAUUGUAGAUUUGAAGAGACUCAUCGAGCAGAUGAUGAAGCCGUUUUGAUGAAAUUAUUGGAGCUUGUAGAAUACGCAGUUCGCUGUGAUGCUGGUCAUUUAAUUUCUGGAGACAAUUUGUGGAAAAUGCUACAGCUUUGCUACAGUAUUCGAAGUCAAACGAGAUCAUCCAUGCAUUUGUGCCGGUCAGCAGACAAUACAUUGUCUCAUUUGGUAUUGACAGUGUUCGAUAGAAUAGAUGAAUUGGGAUCUCGAAGGAGAAGCAGUCCGUCUUUGACGCCGAUCUCGCCACAAGUGUUGCAGGAUGAAUUGGAUACAAUUAAAGGAAAGGAAGAGACAAAUGAAGUACAAUCCGAGUACGAUGACAGUCUUGGAAUUGCAGAAGAGCCGAUUGUAGUACUAGAAGAUCCGACUUCAGAGGUGGCUAAAACAGUGGACAAACCGUACGGGAUCCCAUUGCUGGAACGGAUUCUGCAUUUUAUUUCAAGUUUGACCUCACCGAUGGAGAACGAAGAAAUGACGUGUGUUCAGGGACUGAGGCUGAUCAAUGUUGUGCUAGAGACGGCUGGCACGGGGCUUGGAAAUCACCCAUGCUUGGUUUCAGUAUUGCAAGGAGAUUUGUCCAAGUUUUUGCUUCAAAAUUCGGAAACUGAGGAGCUGGGUAUUUUGUCGCUCACACUGCGCGUUGUGUUUAACCUGUUCAACUCGAUUAAGGACCACCUAAAAGUGCAGCUGGAAGUAUUUUUUACAAGUGUUCAUAUGCGCAUUAUCGAUUCACCGUCUUGCUCGGAUGAACAAAAGGAGUUGGCAUUGGAAUCGUUGCUUGAGUUUUGCCGGGAACCAGCGCUCAUGCUGGACUUGUACAUUAAUUAUGAUUGUGAUGUACAUUGUACGAACUUGUUCGAGGUAUUAUGUAAGUCACUGGCGAAGAAUUGUCAAUCCAUGUGCGGCGCUGACGGCAGUCUUAACGCAUUGACGUUGCUGUGUCUCGAGGGGCUGUUGGCAGUGAUUGAGUCCAUUGCUCGACGUUGUCCGUUGAACACCCCAGCAAAAACGUUAGGGUCCAAGACCUUUGGAAGCAACUCAGGUGUCUUAAGUUUGAAGGGUUCUGAUUUAGCACGGUUUACGACUGGAGCACUUCCUGACACUGAGAACACGUCUGGUGAUUUUCCAAUGGAGGACAUUUCACCGAUGUCUUCAGUGCGGGAUCUUAUGCACCUCAUGAUGUCAGGAAGUGAAAGCGACUCGGAAUCAGAGCAAAGUGAGCAGGAUAACCCAGCAGACCAGCUGGCGUGGCUACACACCGCUCGUGAACGAACUGCCGAAGUGAUGCAGCAGCGCAAACGAACCAAAAAACGGUAUGCGUUGGCAGCGGAGAAAUUUAAUCACGACCAGAAGAAUUGGAUGGCAUAUUCACAGCAAAUUGGACUUCUGCCAGAGAAGCUAACACCUGAAUCUGUCGCGUCAUUCCUGCUGCACACGCCUGGUUUAGACAAGACGCUCAUUGGCGACUACAUCGGCGACGGUCCGGUUGAGAAGUAUCCGUUUAAUGCUGCGGUGCGAGAUGCUUAUGUUGCAAUGUUCGACUUUCGUUCGGCGCCGUCAUUGGAUGAGGCACUGCGAAUGUUUUUGGCGAAGUUUCGACUACCUGGUGAGGCGCAAAAAAUCGAUCGGAUGAUGGAAGCUUUUUCAAAGCAGUUGUAUCUGCAAGCAGGUUCUUCGGGGCCUUUAGCAGACGCCGAUGCCGCCUAUGUUUUGUCAUUUAGUAUCAUCAUGCUGAACACAGAUUUGCACUCGGACCACAUCGCAAAGAAAAUGACGGUGGAAGAGUUUCUUCGCAACAAUCGUGGAAUUAACGCAGGCCAAGAUCUGCCGACGGAGUAUCUGACGAACCUAUACUACAAUAUUCUGGAGAAGGAAAUACAAAUGCAGCAUGAUGUGUCCGAUUUUGUAGAGUCGUCGUCCUCGACGGUUGACAGAUACUCAAUGCAGUGGGAGGGGGUACUGAAGCGCUCGAAGAACGUAGUCGGCGCAAGCUUUACUUCGAAUACGAGUAUUUUGAAGCUUCGUGCUGGUCUCUACGAAAAGGACAUGUUCAACUUGAUCUCUGAAAGCACUAUCAAUAGCAUAUUGUUGGCGUUCGAGAGGACAUGCGACUUGAACAAUAUGGAGCGUGCUUUGGAGGGGCUAAGUAACUGCGCCAAGAUCAUGCUUUACUUCGAUAUGCUGGAUGAGUUUAACAAAACUAUGGGCGCUCUUUCGUCGUACUUCCUCACUUUCGCUCACGGCAUUUUGAGCGGUGAAAAAGUGUAUGUGCCGCCGAGCUCGUUGAAACGCUCUGCAUCUGCAUCUACCUCGCUCCCCUCACCGCCCGACCCUGGAUUAACGGUGGCAAAUGGAGAGCAAAUUAUCCAUUGCCAGGACGAUGGUUCCGAAAUUGAGAUCGUGGCAGCUUCGCAGCAACCAGGUGGCUCUUUCGACGAAGAUGUCGUGCAAGGUGCAAAGACGCGUCGUGCGCUUCUAUCGCUGAGAUUGCUAUUCCAUUUUGUGCAGAAUAAGAGCGAAUACUUUCGCAAGGGCUGGGCACAUGUGGUAGAGUGCAUGCUAAUGUUCAAUGAGCUGGAUGCAGUUCCUACAUCAUUGGUAGAGAUUGAUGAUUUUGUAGACUCGCGUGGUGUGCCUUUGCCUCCAAUUCAAGGCGGAAUGUCGAUACAUGCCCCCUCCCAGUCUAAGUUGUCGUCAGGUCGUGAACAGAGUGGAACAGGUCUUUCUGGAAAGACCCGUGAGCGCUCCAGACGACAAGCAGAGCGCCAAUCCGCGAUCCGAAGUCGUAUGAAAAGCAUGACACAGGCUAGUCAGGGUACUGCCUAUGGGAGUCACGGACAAAGUGUCAAUAGUAGUUCCCUCUGGGGCUCUUUGUCAUACUAUCUCUGGGCUGAAGAGGAGAAGAUUGACGAAAGUUUCUCGUUGGUAAAUAAAAUGCUUCAUAAAGAGGUAAUGACGCUUGGCGGUGGAAUCCUUGAGAAGGAAAAUUGGCUUCGUUUGACCCGCAAACUGCAGGAAAAGUCACUUACAAGCCUGCUCGAGACAUUGAUCUUGUGUCGCGAUCCGUUCAAGUGCAUUGUGCAGGCGUCUGAUUCGGGUGUAGAUGCAAUGAUGCAGGAAAACGCGAUUUUGGUGCUAGAGCUAAGUGUGGACACCAUCUUGGUCAACUCGCACCGCAUCUUGCAGCUUAACUUGUGGGACUUUUUCCACCUGUACGCGAAGCGCAUUCUUUCGACACCAUUGAACGAGCUUCACAUGCAGGGACUUGUUGAACGUGUAGUUGUGCAUAUCCUGCGAGUCAGUAUUCGACUUUUUCACGACGAGCAAGUGCGUCCGAAAUUGAUGGCAACACUUGAGCUGCUUUUGACGAUGGAUCAGGAUAUUAACAAGGCGUUGAGCGACCGAAUAGCAUCGGGCAUCACAAUGUUGCUCAAGGCAAACAGCGUCUACAUGCACGACUUUCACGACUGGAAGGUGCUCUUGGGCAUCUUGAGCAAUGUGGUCGGAUAUAUCAACAGUCGAUCAGCCUGCUGGGAGAGCGUGAUUGUGCUUGCUGAAGGCGGACACUUAAAUGAUGACAACUUUACGCCGUGGAUGUCUCUAUGCUGUGAAUUUGUUCGUCACCGGACAUCUUACGCAGUUGAUGCAUUAAAGCUUCUUCAAGGACUGGCAAACAGUGACAACACAUAUAACAUGAAUGGGACCUCGUGGCUUCAAGUCAUGCGGGUGAUGCUAAACUACCUGAAUGACGAUCGAAAUCCGGUAGCGAAGACCGCUUGGGAAUGCUUGCGCAACUCGUUACUGCUGCCGGGAGUGCCGAUUGCGAAAGACACCUGGAAACAAUGUUUUGAUGAUAUCAUCUUUGCGUUUGAUGAUCAGGUCAAUGACAUCACUGUGAAGAUGACACGUGAUGCUCCUCUGUAUAGUGUCACGUUGUUGUCCAAGACAUUUCUCCACAACUUGACUAUUUUGAUGGAAUUACCAAACUUUCCAGAGCUAUGGCUGAAUGUGCUGCGUCGUCUGGCAAACAAACUGGUAGCGCCAAAUUCGCCUUCCAUGCGAUUGCAGCAGCUGAGUGUUGUAUUUGAGACGACAUUGCAGUCGUUGUAUAAUCUGCUGCUUGUGCUGAAGGCCGAAGAUAUUCUCGAGCGAGUGAGCACCGAAAGUAGCAGUAAAACGCUGUUUGACGAAACAUGCGCAGUGAUUGAUGCCGUGUGUCCACACCUAAAGGAGCAGUUAGGUCUGAUACCCGACGACAUCACCGUUGAUACGGGCUCGACAUUUAUCGACGAAAGUGAGCAAAUUGACGGCGCCGAGGCUACGGCAGACGACACGAAUCCUGCAGAAAGUGUGGAAGUAACUGCCAAUGCUAUGAAAGUGAUUGACGUUGCUGUUUCUACUGAAGUGGCCAAGACUGAAGGCGCUAAUGACGAGGCCAAUGAGACGAUACCGAAUGAAGAGUUGAAGUUCCCACGGGUUGAAGUUGAAGUUGUUGAAGCGGGAGACAAACAAGUCGAUUUACCCUACCCCGACAAGUCCAACUUAGAGGGGGUGUUUGACUCUUCUAUGUCUACAUCCAGUGGACAUGCGACACUUGAAACUGUCGUUAUGGGCGAUGGCACGUUUGGGAUUAGGGUGGACGAAGUCAUUGUGGACGAAAUCAUUGAAGCUGUUUAA